UAUAUAUGUAUUCUCUUCAAUGCUUGGACUCAAGCAUCUAAUAAUCUGAAAUGGCUAAACUAUGCUCUCAUCUUCUCUUUAUUUUUGUGCUCUCACUAAAUUACUUCUGGCCUUGCUUAGCUAUGAUGAGUAGAAAAAACACCACCACCGAUAAACUUACACUCCUUGCAUUCAAAUCCUUCAUUACUUUAGACCCCAAUCAUGUAACUAAAAAUUGGUCAACCUCUUCUUCUUCUUCUUCAUUAUGCAAUUGGGCUGGUGUGAUUUGUGAUGAAAGCCAUGGAAGAGUGAAAGCUUUGAAUCUGAGUAACAUGGGCCUUGAAGGCCCUAUUUCACCACAACUGGGUAAUCUCUCUUUCCUUGUUGAGCUUGACCUCCAUGGCAACAAAUUCUAUGGUAAGUUACCACAAGAGCUAUUUCAGUUGCACCAACUGAAAUUGCUUGACUUGAGCAACAACAACUUAGAAGGAGAAUUAACAACAGCAAUAGGGGAAUCAUCAAAUCUUCAACACUUGAAUCUUGGCAGCAACAAUUUUAUUGGUUUGAUCCCUCAAUCUAUGUUGUACAACUUGUCAAAGCUAGUGCACUUAAACUGUUCAUUCAAUUUCUUCAAAGGAACCAUUCCAUCUGAGAUUGAUCAACUUGACCGGUUGAAGAUUUUGGAUUUGAGAAAUAACACGCUCUCAGGAACCAUACCACCAACCAUUACAAACGUGUCUUCACUUGAAGAACUCCAUCUAUCUUACAACUCCUUAUCAGGAGAAAUUCCAAAAGGAAUUGGUGAUCUUGGACAGCUAAGAAGAAUGCACGUUCAAUAUAAUGAACUUUCUGGCAGCAUAUCAUCAAUAUUCAACAACUCAGCGUUGCAAUACUUAGAUCUGGGUCAUAAUAGUCUGUCUGGUAAUCUCCCAUCAAAUAUUUGCCAAGGCCUUCCAAAGCUUAAAUCGCUGUAUCUUUUCGAAAAUGAUCUUUCUGGUAAGAUGCCAACUGUUUGGUAUCAAUGCAAAGAUUUGGAAGAUUUGGAAUUAUCAUUCAAUAGUUUCGACAAAGGACAUAUCCCACAUGAUAUGGGAAACUUGACCAAGCUUCAAUAUUUAUAUCUUUUUGACAACAACUUGGAAGGUGAAAUCCCUAUCUCCCUUUUAAACAUAUCUUCUCUGAGAGAGGUGGUCCUUCAACAAAACAAUUUAAAUGGAAGUCUCCCACAGGAUAUGUGUAAUCACCUUCCUCAGCUUCAAUUACUUAAUUUACGCAGGAAUCAAUUAGUAGGAAGCAUUCCAAAAUCCAUUGGAAACUGCACAUCCCUUGAAAUGUUAAGUUUAGGGGACAACACUUUCACAGGAUCUAUACCCAUGGAGAUUGGUGAUCUUAAUCAAAUUAAUACAAUACUAAUGGGAAAUAACAGCUUGAGUGGAUCCAUUCCUUCAAAACUCUUCAACAUUUCAACACUCUCAUCCUUGUAUCUUGCAAGAAAUUCACUCUCAGGAACUCUUCCAUCAGAUAUGGGACAUGGUCUUCCUAACCUGAAAGAACUCUACCUUUUUAAAAACAAACUUGUUGGGAACAUUCCACAUGGUAUAUCCAAUGCUUCUAAGCUCACUGCAAUUGAUUUCAGCGACAAUCAUUUCAGUGGUAUCAUACCAAAUGUGUUUGGAGAUUUGACAGGCCUCGAAUGGUUCGGUUUAGCUGUGAAUAAUUUGACCACAGAUGACCCUACUGAGCUCAAGCUCCUUACUUCCUUGACAAAUUGCAUAAACUUGGUAUAUCUAGCUAUAUCAUCGAAUAGUUUACAGUCAAAACUUCCCAAAUCAAUUGGAAACUUUUCCAACUCGCUGGAGAACUUUUUGGCAGAUUCUUCUGGAAUUAAUGGCAACAUUCCACUUGAAAUUGGAAACAUGAGCAACUUGGUCUAUUUAUCUUUAGGAGGGAAUGAUUUCGGUGGAACAGUGCCUGGAACGAUCAAAAGGUUACGGAAACUUCAGUAUUUGGACCUUGGCUACUGUGGACUGCACGGAACCAUCAUUGAUGAGCUUUGUGAAAUCAGGAGUCUGGGUGAGUUAAAUCUAACAAACAAUAAGUUUUCUGGAGAGUUGCCAACAUGCUUGGGAAACAUGACUUCUCUUAGAAAGGUUUACUUGGGAUCUAACAGAUUAACUUCUAGGAUACCUACUUCUUUUUGGAAUCUCAGAGAUAUCAUAGAGGCUAACUUAUCUUCCAAUGCUUUAACUGGAAAUCUUCCACCUAAUAUAGGGCAGUUGAGAGCUGUUGUGCUGCUUGAUCUGUCAAGAAAUGAGAUUUCAGGCAACAUACCUUCAACCAUUAGUUUCUUGAAAACUUUGCAAACUCUCUCCUUAGCUCAUAACAAAUUGCAAGGUUCUAUUCCUGUAUCACUUGGUGAAAUGGUGAGCUUGAGUUUCUUGGACUUGUCCCAGAAUCUUUUAACUGGUGUGAUCCCAAAAUCCUUAGAGUCACUUGCCUAUCUUCAAUACAUUAACUUUUCAUACAAUAGGUUACAAGGAGAAAUUCCCAAUGGUGGACCUUUCAUAAAUUCCACAGCUCAAUCUUUCCUGCAUAAUGAAGCACUUUGUGGCAGACCUCGCCUGCAGGUACCUCCAUGUGGUAAACAAGGCAGGCGAAGAUCAACGACAAAGCUGCUAUUAAUCAAAAUUAUGCUGCCAAUAGUUGUGUCAAUCAUUUUGGUUGUUGCUAUAUGCAUAAUCCUUAAACAACAUAAGAAGAAAAAGGUUGAAAAUCCACCAGAAGAGGAUUUAUCAACUUUAGGAGUUCCAAGAAGGAUUUCCUAUUAUGAACUUGUGCAAGCAACUAAUGGCUUCAACGAGAGUAACUUACUUGGAAAGGGGAGCUUUGGUUCGGUAUAUAAAGGGGUUCUCUUUAGUGGGAUGGUUGUUGCAAUUAAAGUAAUUGAUUUAAAUUUGGAAGUAGCAUCAAGGAGCUUUGAAGCAGAAUGCAAUGCAAUGCGCAAUCUACGACAUCGAAAUCUUGUUAGUAUUAUCAGCAGCUGUUCAAAUGUUGAUUUCAAAUCUUUGGUAAUGGAUUUGAUGCCAAAUGGGAGUUUGGACAACUGGUUAUACUCACAUAACUAUUGUCUAGAUUUCUUGCAAAGAUUGAAUAUAAUGAUAGAUGUGGCAUCUGCAUUGGAAUAUCUCCACCAUGGUUCUUCAAUACCAGUUGUUCAUUGUGAUCUGAAGCCUAGCAAUGUUUUAUUGGAUGAAAACAUGGUUGCACAUGUUAGCGAUUUCGGCAUUGCCAAGCUCUUGGAUGAAGGACACUCUAAAACACAUACUGAGACCUUGGCGACUCUUGGCUAUGUUGCACCAGAGUAUGGAUCUAAGGGAAUUGUUUCUGUCAAAGGAGAUGUAUACAGCUAUGGGAUUGUGCUAAUGGAAAUCUUCACAAGAAAGAAGCCAACAGAUGAUAUGUUUUCAGCAGAAUUAAGCUUGAAAAAUUGGAUCAAUGAAUCAAUGCCCAAUUCAAUGAUGGAUGUUGUGGAUUCUAAUUUAGUCCAACAACAUGAGGAACAAAUAGAUGACAUGUUGCCUCAUAUAUCAUCUAUUUUGGGAUUAGCCUUGAGUUGUUGUGCAGAGUCACCCGAAGCACGAAUUAAUAUGAUAGAGGUUACUGCAUCAUUAACCAAAAUCAAAGCUUUGUUCACUCAUUGAAAAAGGAAACCAAACAUGUAAAUCAUAAGCUAGUGAGUGGCGACUUGAAAACCUCCCUUUUGUCCCUUUUGCUACUAAAUGGCAUGCCUGUAAUGUAAAAGAAUGUUUUUUGGAUAAUGAAAUCCUUCAAUGUUAUAGAA